AUGUUUGGAGGCGGUUUUGGUGGAUUUAAAUUCGGAUUUGAUAUGGGUUAAGAAUCAGAAGAAAGCAAUCAAUAAGAAUAAAAAAAUGUUGAUACUUAAGAACUUUAUAAUAUUUUAUCAGUUGAUAAAAAAGCAGACAUAAACGAAAUAAAAAAGGCCUUUAAAAAAGCUUGUAUUAAAGGUGAUUAUAGACAUCCAGAUAAAGGAGGUGAUCCAGAUAAAUUCAAAAAAUUAAACGAAGCUUAUGAAAUAUUAUCAAACCCAGAAAAAAGAGAUAUUUAUGAUAAAUAUGGUUUAGAAGGAUUGAAAGAAGGAGGUAGUGCUUCAGGAGGAAAUCCAUUUGAUCUUUUUAGUAAUUUGUUUGGAGGAGGAGGUAGAAAUUAAGGAGUUCGUAAAGCCAAACCAAAAUAACAUACGAUCGAAUUAACUCUAGAAGAAGUUUAUAAAGGUAAAUAUGUAAAAACAAGUUUUAAAAGACUAAGGACCUGUGAAAAAUGCUAGGGUAAAGGCGGUUAAAAUGCAAAAGUUUGUGGAACUUGCAAAGGUUAGAAAUAUGUAAUAAAAAUGGUUCGUUUAGGUUCAAAUGCAUAUUCUUAAACUUAAUAAAUUUGUGAAGAAUGUGAAGGAAAAGGCGAUAUUAUGAAAGAUUCAGAUAGAUGUAAAACAUGUAAUGGUAAAAAAAUCAUUGAAAAUGUUAAAGAACUUGAAGUUCCUAUUGAACCUGGUGUACCUCAUGAUUAUAAUUAUAAAUUUACCGGAGAAGCUGAUGAAGGACCUGGAAUUCUUGCUGGUGAUUUAUAUAUAAAAAUACUGAUAAAAAAACAUAAAAUAUUUGAAAGAGUUGGUGCUGAUUUGUAUUAUAAUAAGAAAAUUACUUUAUUAGAAGCUCUUGCAGGUGUUUAUUAUGAAUUAGAGCAUUUAGAUGGCUCUACUUUAAAAAUUGCUUCAGCUCCAGGAUAAUAUAUUUAAAAUAAUAGCAUUAAAACUGUUAAAGGAAAAGGUAUGCCUUUCUUUAAAGAUGCUUUUACUUUUGGAAAUUUAUAUAUAAAAUUUUAGGUUGAAUUUCCAAAAUUUAAAGAACUCAAACCUGAUUUUUUUAAUUAAAUUAAAAACAUCUUAAUUGUUAAUAAGAAAUAAGAAAAUUUAGAUAAAAACAAAAAACAUUUAUUCCUAUAAAACUAUAAUGAAGCAGACCUUAAUUCAAAUCCUAAAGGAGGAAGUAAAAAUAUAUAUUAUUUAUUUAAUAUUAAUAUUAAUAUAUUAAUUUUUUUAGAAAAAAAAUAAUAAGAAGAAAAUGGAUAUGAAAGAAAAGGAGAAGGAACAUAAGUUUAAUGCAAUUAAUAAUGA